GAAGGUACGGUGCGGGUGUGACCUUUUGUUUUCGAGACCGCGUCCGUGAAAAGCAGUCAAAAUCGUGCUCCAGUGGCAUAUUCCGGGCGAAAGCCCAUUCGAGCUAACCAAGAUUAAUAGCCUAUCGGAUAUCACCGGCGGAGGCGGCGGCAUGACGGUACCGGUACAGCGAAACUCGAUGGCCGUAUUGCAGCCUCCACGGUCACGGUUCAUGAUCAACGAUAUCCUGGCCGGAAGCCAAAGCCAUCAUCACCACCACCAGGGUCAUCAGGGCAACGGCGGUAGCGGUGGAGGAGGAGGAGGAGGUGGAGGUGGCGGAGCGGACAGCAUCAACGGUAGCAGUAGCGAAGGUCGAACGCCGAGCCCUGGUCCGCGGGAUCUGAGCAUAGUACCGGGGGGACAUCAUCUGCAUCAUCCGGGAGCCGGUGGCUUGACGCCGGGAGCGCAACAUCACCUAGGCCUGCAUCACCACCAUCACCAUCAUCACCAUCACGGGGUGGACGACGAUGUCAAGAGUGAAAGUGACAGCGACGACAGCGGUCCCCUGGACAGCUCCAGUGUGUGCAGCAACGGUGGCAAGGACGAGGACGGCAAUAGCAUAAAGAAUGGAAUGGGCCUGAGCGGAUCGUCGGGACUGAGUAAAAAGCAGCGGAAAGCACGCACGGCCUUCACCGACCACCAGCUGCAGACGCUGGAGAAGAGCUUCGAGCGGCAGAAGUACCUGAGUGUGCAGGACCGGAUGGAGCUGGCGAACAAGCUGGGCCUGAGUGACACCCAGGUCAAGACGUGGUACCAAAAUCGAAGAACCAAAUGGAAGCGGCAGACGGCCGUGGGGUUGGAGCUGCUAGCGGAAGCCGGAAAUUACGCCGCUUUCCAGCGAUUGUACGGUGGACCGGCGUACCUCGGCGGUUGGCCAUACCCGGCCCAGGCUGGACCUCCAGGGGCUCCUCAGAGUGCGGUGGACGCUUACUAUCGGCAUGCCGCGGCGGCUGCCGCUCUGCAGAAACCCCUCCCGUACCGGAUCUACCCGGGCGUCCCGGGACUGGGAACGCUCAACACCAUUCCGGGUCCAAGCGCACCGUUCCCGCACCUGUCAGCGUCCUCGUCGUUAUCCACGCUCAGCAGCUACUACCAGGCUAGCAGUCAACAGGCGGCGGUGGCGGCUGCAGCUGCUGCCGCUUCCCACAACUCUCCCGGUGGCGCCGGAAGUCCCAACAAUGGAAGCGCGGGCAUCCAAAACAGCGCCGGUGGCAUCCAUAACAAUAACAACAACAACAACAACAACAUCCACGGCAGCACCAGUAGUCUAAGUAGUCAACCCCGGCGGUCACCGAGUCCAACGCUGAAUCCGGGCAGUCCACCGGGGCGAUCCGAGAGCAAUCCGCCCAGUGACGACGAAGACGAAAACAUACAGGUCUGAGAGCCCAGUGUGAUCCCCGAUGAAAAACACUCAUAUACGUAUAUAUAGAGAUAGCAGUGUAAGGAAAGAAAAUAGUGAUUAUUAUUUUUAAUAGCAUUUAUUUAAAGCAGAUAUU